GCUGGCCGCGUCAUCUACGCGCCCGGGUGAUCUCAACACAUGCGCCGCUAUGUUUUGAAAAGUCGGCACGGCCAGAGAGGCCAGAGCUGUGCGUCGAACCGAGGAAUCAGCUGAUGAGAAAACAACAACAACAACAACAACAACAACAACAACAUGCCGAAGUCUGGGAAGAAGUCGUGCAGCGCCCAGAGCUCCAUCAGCAGGUACUUCAGACGGCCGGGCAACGCUCAGUGUGGCGUUGGCCCACAUCCUGCUGAGCUCCAGCUUUCAAGAGGCAAGCAGAAACUUUCCUCCGAUCAAGACUUUGGUUUGCCAGCGAAACGAGCAAAGCUUUCUCCACACGAUCAGCCGGUGGAGAGUCUGGACUGUGAGCCAGCACCCUGUCAGAGCUCCAAAGUGGCAAAGCUGACGUCGAGCCGAGGAGCGGGCGGCCUCUGCUCCUCCACGCUGGAGAAGCUGAAAGGCUUCACCUGCGCGGCUGAGCCCGGCGUCACGCACAGCGACACGCGGAGGGAAAAGGAGACGGGCGGUGUUAGCGGUAAAAACUGUGACCGAGGAAGCACCGCUUGGCCUCCUUUGGAUGUUCCGGAUCAGCACAGCUCUAAAGAGAGACUUCAAAACACAGAGGAGGAGGAGCGUGAGGAUGAGGAGGAGGACGAAGAGGUCAAAGGAGAGGAGAGUUCAGCGCUGGCUGCUGCAAAACAGGGUUUUCGCUUGUCUCAGUUUGCAAAGUCGGGAAAAGACGGAGGCGGAGGAAAGGCCGCAGAGCCGAGUCCUCCGUCGGACCGCAACUCCGCCUCCAGACCCUCAAAACUCAUGUACACUCCCCUGGAGCAGCAGGUCGUCCAGCUGAAACAGCAGCACAAGGACGCCUUGUUGGCUGUGGAGUGUGGCUACAAGUACAGGUUCUUCGGAGAGGAUGCUGAGAUUGCUGCAAAGGAGCUGAACAUCUUCUGUCAUCUGGAUCAUAACUUCAUGACGUGCAGCAUCCCCACACACCGACUGUUUGUUCACGUCAGACGGUUGGUUUCCCACGGACACAAGGUUGGCGUGGUAAAGCAGACCGAGAUGUCUGCGAUCAAGGCCUCGGGGGCGAGUAGGAACACUCUGUUCACUCGUCAGCUCAGCUCUCUGUACACCAAGUCCACUCUGGUGGGAGAGGAUGUGAACCCGGUCUGCAGACUGGGGGACGUGGAGGAGGGGCCCUGUGGUGACGUGGUGGGAGACCCUCCUGAAAGCUUCCUGCUGUGUAUUAGUGAGAACUGGGAUAAACUGAAGAAGCAGCUCACCGUGGGGCUGGUGGCAGUUCAGCCCAGCACCGGAGACGUGCUGAUGGACUGUUUCGCUGACGGUCAGUCUCGCUCUGAGCUGGAGGCUCGAGUCUUAAAGAUCAACCCGGUGGAGAUCCUGGUGCCUUCUGACCUCUCGGAGCAGACACAAAGGCUCCUGCAGAGCAUCACCAAUGCCAGCGCUCAGGCCGACGACCGGGUGAGAGUCGAGAAAAGAGACCGGGCCCAGUUCGAGUUCGCCUCUGCAAUGAACACAGUCACCGAGUUCUACUGCCACACUCAGGAGAAAGGCUCUUGGUCUCUGUCCAGCGUAGCAUCCAUGGAGAGUCCUGUGAUCUGCUGCCUGGGGCCGCUCAUCCAGUACCUCCAAGACUUCAACUUGGAGAGAGUUUUAAGGAGUGAAAGCUCAUUUCAGCAUCUGUCUUGCGAGUCGGAGUGUAUGAUCCUCAGUGCUGCUACACUCAGGAACCUGGAAAUCCUCAACAAUCAGACUGACGGCGGUGUGAAGGGCAGCCUGUUGUGGGUGUUGGACCACACUCGCACUCCGUUCGGGAGGAGACUGAUGAGGAAGUGGGUGAGCCAGCCCCUCUCAGACCCCCAAUCCAUCUCAGGGCGGCAGGACGCUGUGCAGGAGAUGUUGGAGUCAGACUCUGUCACUUUAAAUUCCACCAGAUCCCUGCUGUCACACCUGCCCGACCUGGAGAGAGGCAUCUGCAGCAUUUACCACAAAAAGUCUUCCACACAGGAGUUUUACCUCAUUAGUAGCAGUCUCUGUCGCGUUGGGCUUGAACUGCAGGCCUUGGUCCCAGCGAUCCAGUCACAGAUCAGCUCCAAGCUGCUCCAGGGCCUCCUGUUGGACACUCCCAACCUGCUGGCUCCAGCCCACAGCUUUCUCAAGGUGCUCAAUGAGAAGGCGGCCAAGACGGGGAAUAAGACGGAGCUGUUCUCAGAUCUGUCCGGCUUCCCGGUGCUACAGGAGCGGAGGGAGCAGAUCCAGUCUGUCCUCGGUGAGAUUCAAGACCAUCGCAAAGAAAUCCGACUGAAGCUGAAGGCCCCCGCACUUGACUACGCGACCGUGUCUGGACAGGAGUUUCUGAUUGAGGUGAAGAACUCGCAGGCCUCCACUGUUCCGCCUGACUGGGUCAAAAUCAGCAGCACCAAGGCAGUCGGAAGGUAUCACUCUGCCUUCCUGGUGGAGCGCUACAAGACGCUGCAGCAGCUCCGAGGGCAGCUGCUGCUCGACUGCCAGAGGGAGUGGAUACAUUUUCUGGAUCAGUUUGGAGAGCACUAUCACACCAUGAAAAGGGCUAUUAGUCACCUAGCAACCAUGGACUGUCUCUUUUCAUUGGCUGAGGUUGCUAAACAAGGGGACUAUUGCAGACCAGAGGUGUGUGAAAAUCGGCGUCAGAUCAUGAUCAGGGAUGGCAGACACCCUGCCAUAGACUUACUAAUGGGAGAGCACAGCCAGUAUGUGCCCAACCACACUGAACUGCAGGGCGAUGGCAGGAGAACUAUGAUCAUCACUGGUCCUAACAUGGGGGGCAAGAGUUCCUACAUUCGCCAGGUGGCCCUGAUCUGUGUCAUGGCCCACAUGGGCUCCUACGUUCCGGCCUUCGAAGCCCGUCUGGGAAUACUGGACAGUAUUUACACCAGGAUGGGGGCUUCAGACAACAUCUACAAAGGUCGCAGUACGUUCAUGGAAGAGCUGACGGAAGCCUCCGCGAUCGUUUCCCGUGCGACUGAACGUUCGUUGGUCAUCCUCGAUGAGCUGGGACGGGGCACGAGCACCCAUGAUGGGAUCGCCAUCGCACACGCCACCCUGGAGUACUUCAUCAGAGAUGUGAAAGCCCUUACCCUGUUUGUGACCCAUUAUCCCCCACUGUGUGAUUUGGAGCGGGCGUAUCCUCAACAUGUGUCUAACUACCAUAUGGCUUUCCUACUCAACGAACCUGACAUUGCUACUGACACUGAUGACGGAGAUGUACAGCCAGAGUUCAUCACCUUCCUCUACCAGCUAAUCGAAGGAGCUGCAGGGCGCAGCUACGGCCUGAACGUGGCCCGAUUGGCCGACAUCCCGGAUCCUAUACUUCGCACUGCCGCUCGUAAAGCCCGAGAGCUGGAGAAUGUGGUCAAUGCCAGGAGGAGGAAUAAGAAAGUUCUGUCAGAUCUUUGGAGCAUCUCAGACAGAUCGUCCCUCAUGCAGUGGCUGCAGGCAAACUGACGUCACUGCAGCAUGAAUCAACACACAAAGAAGAGUUGACUGUAAAUCAGCAUGUUCAAAGGUGAUCAAACCUGAUCACAGAAGUAUAAACUUGUUUCAGAGAUGGGGCUCAGGACUAAUGGAGUAGAGCGGUUGUUGCCUCCCUCUUUAAUAGUGUGUGUCAGUCUGUGACAAGGAGUUUAAUCCUCUCAGGUUCUGGUUCAUCACCAUCGUCUGUACUGUAACCUAAUGGUCUUCACAGCAAAAAACACGAAAACUGAUCAAUAAUGUACCUUCCAGACUUUAUGUGACAUCAUUGUGUUUGGUGCAUUAAUAAAGAAAAAACUGACAAACUUUA